AUGUUAAAUGGUCAAUUAGUGUCGCCCGGCGACAAAGUUCUCGAUUCAAUUGGAGAUUAUCGAUUAGGAAAAGGGCUUUAUGAAGCAAACAAGCGAAUAUUCGCAUCAGUUGCCGGUUUUGUUAAUAUUUAUGGAUAUAAAGAUAAGUCUGACAAUCUUGUACAAGUGAUCGAAGUUCGACGAAGCGAAAAUCAGGUCGACAAUGAGCUUUUGCCAUUUGAUGGAGCUAUUGUAACAGCAAAAGUCAUGGGAGUUGGAUUAAGGUACGCGAAAUGCGAUAUUAUCGCAAUUGGAGAUAAAGUUUAUAAAAAGCGAUUUGCUGCACUUAUACCCAAAAAGAAUUUGAAGCCGAAAGAGCCGGAAUUGUUGGAACCGUUUAAGAACUUCGUCCGACCAAACGAUUAUGUCAUCGCGAGGGUUUGUGACGAUUCGAGCAUUAAGGAUAAAUUUGUGCUAACAAUCGCCGAAGAUCAAUUGGGUGUGGUUUUGUGUCGCGGGAGGUAUGGCGAGGCGAUGAAAAUGGUAAACUGGACGACGGUGGCGUCGACGAGGACCGGAAAAACGGAGCCGAGAAAACUGGCGGUGGUCCCGCAACUGUGCGCACUUAAAUACUGA